AUUUUCUCUGUGGGAUUCAUUUCUCAGUUGUAUUUUUUCAUACUUUUUGCCUGUCUUGACAAUUUUCUUCUGGCUGUGAUGGCAUAUGACAGGUAUGUAGCCAUCUGUCACCCUCUGCACUACACCACCAUAAUGAGGGAUGGGUUGUGUGUGCUGCUGGUGGCUGCCUCUUGGAUUCUCUCUUGUGUCAUUGCUCUUUUGCACACCCUCCUCUUGGUCCGACUGUCUUUUUGUGCUGAUAAUACCAUCAUCCACUACUUCUGUGACCUCGCUGCACUCCUGAAGCUGAGCUGCUCAGAAACCUUCCUCAAUGAGCUGGUCAUAUACACUGAGGGAGGAAUGAUUUUCUUUUUGUGUUUUGGUGUUAUUUUGGGCUCCUAUAUCUUUAUAGGGACCAUCAUCCUGAGCGUGCCCUCCAAUAAGAGAAUCCUUAAAGCCUUUUCUUCCUGUGGCUCCCAUCUCUCUGUGGUGUCUUUAUACUACGGGACAGGUACAGGUGUUUACUUUUUCUCCUCAUCCUGGGGUUUCAAAGACAUAAUUGCUUCGGUCAUGUAUACAAUAGUUACCCCCAUGCUGAACCCCUUCAUCUACAGCCUGAGGAACAGAGAUAUAAAACAGGCCUUAGAGAUGUGUGUCAACUGGGUUAAGUUCUUUAAGAUGCAAUCACUAAAUCCUCUUGUUCCAGUCAGAAACACAGUGAGAUAUAUCUCCUAA